AUUCCGUCGCGCGCAGUCCGCGGUUGGCUCUCGUGCGCGCACCGCGGAACUCUCGAGGAUUUAAAGUAAACGUCUUGAUAAGACAAAAAAAAAACACACACACACACACAAAAAAAACAGGCAAACACAGUUGAACCGGCAGUCUUCAUGGAGGGGCAGAGGAAGGGCAGGUGCGUCACCGUGUACGACUGUCGCUACGAAAAUAAAGCGCGACCCAGGAGAGAAGUGCUGGAGACGAGCGGUCUGAACUUCAACGCCUUCCUCCUGCUUCUGCAACGGAAGUUCUCAAUCCACUCACAUGAAACAUUUGUGCUGGCCACAACGGACCGAAUAGUCCUGGAUUUUGACAAAUUUGAGGAGCUCCAGGACGGCAGCACCCUCCACCUGCUGCAACAGGAGGGCCAGGCCCUGACGGGGGCGACGGAGGAGCACAUCAACUUCACGCCUCACUACGACACGCUGAUCAAGGGCGGCCUGCACGAGUACUACGCCAGCGAGAGCCAGAACCCGCUGGCGUACGCACUGGCCGAGCUGAUCGACAACUCCCUGUCGGCCACAGCCAGAAACCCGGGCGUGAGGACAGUGGAGAUACGGAUGGUGUUCGAUGGAACUCAAGGGAAGCCCACGGUGAUUGUCUUGGACAAUGGUUGCGGGAUGACCUCUAAACAGCUCAAGAACUGGGCGGUGUACCGGCUCUCCAAGUUCUCCAGGGAAGGGGUCACGGUCGGAGGUAAGCUCGAGGGGUACACGCGACCCGAAGCAGUCCCUCGUAGUCUCAACAGUGAUAUAUCCUACUUUGGAGUUGGAGGAAAACAGGCUGUUUUCUUCAUCGGAAACUCCGCCAGGAUGAUCACCAAACCCGCCGGCUCCCCAGAUGUUCACGAGCUGGUUCUGUCAAAAGAGGAAUUCGAGAGCAGAGAGAGGGACAAACGGGAUAUUUACUCCACGGUCAUUAAGAACAGGAAGCCGGGGGACUCCUCUCACGUGAAAGAGGACGAGCGCUGCCUCCGUGCCCUGAUCGCCGAGGAGUCGGGCAAAGAGAGCUUCACCGCCGUGGUGAUCGGCGGAGUCCUGCAGCACCACAUCGCCUUCCUCAAGCGAGACUUCCGCGUGUUGACCAGACAGCUGGCCAACCUGUAUCACUACUACAUCCAUGGAGUCCACGGAAAGGAUCCCAAAAGCUGCUCGGCGACAGCGGAUCAUCUUCCUAAAAUUGACAUUCAGAUCACCUUGCGCGAGAAGCCCCCCAAGUGUCCGCGCGCGCUGAACCUGCGCGAAGUGGACGACGACCGGCAGACGCUGUUCCUGGGCGCCGCCGUGGACGCGUUUGAGUUCAACUGCGCCACCGAGGACGGCGGCACGGUGGAGGGAGUCAUCCGGUACCAUCCGUUCCUCUACGACAGGGAGACCUACCCGCAAGACCCCGACGCUCCGCCGGAUUUUCACGAGGACGAUAAUGAUUGCGAUAAGGAGUCCGCUGCCGGGCAACAGGCAGGCGCCAGGAAGCCCAUCUUUGACUGUUUCUGGAAUGGACGGCUUAUUCCUUACACCAAAUUGCACGAGUUUGACUGGUGUGCGGCGAAUAAAGGACCAAAGGAGCUCGCCGAGUGUUACGGUCGCAUUUCCGGAGCGCUUUUCAGUGACGACCGGUUCAACGUCAGCACGAACAAGCUCACCUUUAUGAACCUGGAGCUGAAACUGAAGCAGAAGAGCACCAUCUUCACACGCGUUGUUAACUCACAGAAACAAAGAGGUAAAAUCCUUAAGGAGUUUACGGAAUGGUUGAAAAACUGCCACGAGAAGUUCGACAAGCAGGUGAAGUUCAUGGGCUUCAAGGGGACCAUAACGCGCACGGAUUUGACCACGAAGAGGAUGCAGCACCCCUGGGCGACGUUCUCCUCCAUCGAAUGGGACGGACAAGAAUACGCAACCGGCCAGCUGGUGAAGUCUCGGAAGACGGUGCCCAUUGUGUACGGCCGCGUGGGCCGCUUUCUGCUGCACGGGGAACACAAGGGCAACGUCUUUGCCACGGGGGGAGAGGUGGAAGUGGUUCUGGAACCCAAAGAGUUUUACGAGGCCGUGAAGAUCAUCGCCAUUUCCAGGAUCGACAAGACCGCCACGGAGGAAGCCAUCCAGAGCAACAUUGAGAACGACUCCGCCAAGUUUCCGGAGCUCCUGCAAGUGUCCUGGCCGAAGGGGAACCCCUGGCCGCAGAAUGGCCGUCGUCCAGCGGGGACUGAUUUUGGGCCACUACAAGUCAAAAUUCUAAACAAGAUGGGAGAGGCAUUGUCCCAGAUGCCAGCAGUGGGCCUGGGGAAAGGGAAGAAAAUGGCCGUUGAGUACAAGAUCGUCCACCACGUUUCUAAAGAAGAUAAAACGAUCCUCUGCCAGGUCGCACAGCAUUCCCCAAAUUGGGGUUUUGCGUUCAAGAAAAUGGAUGGUCUGACCAACCUGGGGAAAUACACCUUCUCCCUGAACACGAAGAUAAACGAAACCAACGCCUGCGUCUUCGGAGGCAGGAAACUGCCGAGCUUCGAGCUCAUGUUCACCAUCGUCGCCGGCGAGGCGCAGAGCUUUGCUGUUGGCGCCGUGAGCGCCACGCUCAACGUGGGAGUGCCCUUCAGCAUUCCGCUGUUCAUAAAAGAUGCUCAUGACAACGCGGCGUUGACGCCUGCUGACCUCAGACCUGUACUCAAAUGCAGUGGCCUGGAGCUGAGUUACGAGACAGUGAACAACGUCGGGACCACGUCCACCAUCAGAGGUGUCAAAGCAAAAGGAAAAGUGCAGAAUUACCAGCAAUCAAAGACGUACGAGCUGAAAGUCACGCUGCCGGGCCUGAAGACGGACACGCAGACGGUCCAGAUCUGUCUUCUUCCUGGUAAUCCACAUUCCCUCCACGUGACGCCAGAAGACGAACCGAUCACGUUGGAGAACGGAAACGCCGUCACGUUUAGCGCCCAAGUCCACGACGAGGCCGGAAACGUCACCGCUCACGCCAAGCAGAUCGUCUGCUGCCAGGUGACGGGGUUUCCACCGGUGACGGCUGACUGCAGCACCUCGGGAGCUGGGCAGCUUGUGACGAAGCCCAUCAACCUGCAGAUAAUCAACGGGGAACCGCAGAACCUCACCGUUCAGUUUGAGAUGCCCAAGUGUAAGUGGAAGGUCCCGUUGGUUCUGAGGAAGCUGAAGGUGGUGCCCAGCACAAAGGUCUCCCACAUGGAGCUCUGCGCCGGUGACAAUUUGGUGCUGAAAAACCACGAGAAGAUCGAGUGGCUGGCCGGGGGCUCGCUGGAGAACCUCUUCUACAAGCUGUUUGACGAGGCGGGUCGACCGGUGCCCCCCACCGCGCAGAUCGCCCGCGGCAUCAAGGUCAACUGGACGCGAGACGUCAACGACGAAGAUCUGGCCCGGGGGAAGCUGCCCGUCUUAACGGUGCCGACGCAGGUGCAGCCGGCGCUCUUCUACCAGGUGUCCUACAAGGACCAGAGUGUGUCCGUCUCCUUCAACAUAGUACCUCGUCCGGAUGAACCAACUCAACUCAAAGCAACUUUGCUCCAAAAUACAGUGAAGCUGGGCGAAAUCCUCCCCGGAAACAUCCGCUUGGAGCUUCUGGACCAGUAUGAUAAUACAACCAAGACAUUUAACUCCACCUGCAAGAACCACAUUACCGUGGAAGCGGACGGUCUGGACAAAUCGGCCAUCGCCUUUGUUUGGCAGGAGAGCAGCAGUUCUGUUGUGGUGACGGGGGUGCAGUUCCGCCCGGGGCCUCUCGGCCCCAGAGAGUUGUGCUUCGCCUACCGGGGCUUCGAGGGCCGCGUCCUGGUGAAAGUGACGGCCGGAGUCCCCGCGCAGCUCAAACUCGUCAGCGGGCCGGAGACGCCUCUGCAGGUGCUGAACGACCACGGCAUCCCGACGCCGUUUGUCGUCCAGCUGUGUGACGAGUGGGGGAACCCGACCGCCGACCAGAGGGUCGUGGUACGAGUGAACUCCUCCCCCCCGACGCUGAAGGUGACGACGGCUGUCAUUUCCAAACCGGUGAACGCGGAGGGGAGGGCCUCUUUCCCCGUGAGCGCCGUCAGCGGAACAAAGGGGUGCUAUGAGCUUGUGUUCGACGGUUCCCUGAACCAGAAACCCAUCCCUGGUUUCACCGUGAAUCUCACCGUCAUACCUGAUCCCAACAAACCCGUCAGCCUGUCGGUGGAGUACAACACCGCCGCCGUGUUUCCCGCCGGAGGCCGCUUCCCUGUCUUCUCGGUGACCGUGGUGUCCGAUGAAGGCUGCCCGAUGACGACUUUUAACCCCGCUGCUGCGUCCAUGUUGCUGUGGAAGGAAGCGCCGCCAGGAAACCCGCAUCCAUGCGCGGAGGUCACUGAGCUGAGGUGUAGUAAACCCACGAGGAACGAAAAGAACGACCGUUUCCACUUCAGAGACAAAGAGAUCCCAGAACAAGUUGGAAAGUACGCCAUCAAGUUUUCUCUUCAAAUAGGCGAUGGAAAACUCCUGUCCAGUAAUCAGAUCUCCAUAGACGUGGUGGCCAAUCAGCCCGUCAGACUGGCCCCCGACUCUCCGCCCCCCACCCCGUUUGUUUCCGACAGCAAUGUCAUUGCCCACCGAACCCUGGUGGAGAAUAUGACCCUGAGGAUAAUGGACGCGCACGGAAACCCGGCGGGGCGGGACCUGGGCGGGACGGUGGUCGUCUCCAUAGAGAACCCCGGCGGCGGCGAGUCCGUCCCGCUGUUCGAGGGCCAGAGGAACAGCUUGACGACGAGCCUGGUGGAGGGAAAGGCCCAUUUCACCAGGCUGGUCAUCAUGCAGAACAGCCCCGGGGAGAACGGCAAGGACUACGUCCUCCUCUUCAGACCUGAAGGGUCGGCGGUUCCCACGACCCUUGACCCCUUUCAGCUCCCCUUCCGCUUCAACAAAGAUGCUGAGAACCAACGGACAAUGUUUGAACUGACCAAGAAGAAAAAUAUGCUGACUUCUCGUAUUAGAGCGUACAAAGAAACCUUCAACACAUCCAAGGAACUCCUUAGUUUGAUGACCACAAAACAUCUGGAUGAAAGUCAAAUAGAGACUGUCAUUCGAAACGAGCUGAUCAAUCGGAAUGUGGAAAUUGGCGACACUAUCCCAGAAAUCGACAGAAUCCUGAACGCAAAGAGAUCUGAAGUGGACCAGAUCCUCAGGACUCCCAGGAGAGUUUGCUCCAUUCCCGACCAAUUCAGAGGGCAGCAGGAUGUUUUGGGAGCGGUCGGCCACUUGGCCUUCGUGCAGGACGACGACGCCGCCAGGGUCAUCUCCUGGCAACUCAGGGGCGACAUGGACUGUGUCCUCACCAAGACGCUGGCGUCCGCGCAGAGGAUCUACAGCGACACCAGAGGCCAGCAGCAGGUCAUGUCCCUGGAGACGAUGUUUGUGCGAGAGGACAACAGACCAUUGCCACACAUAAGAAACGGCCGCUCGCUCUUCGACCCCCCCGGGAACCCCGUCUACGCCCUGGACCUCCUGCUCUUCCCAAGCGACCCGCAGAGCUGCCGCAUCGCUUUUAAAAGCAUCCUGGGAAACACCAUCCUGAUGGAUGACCUGAACUCUGCAAACAGCUACCGGAAGGCGGUGGUGCAGCAUAAGAUGCCGUGUCCCACCAUCCUGACCAGGCAGGGCGACCGGAUCAGUGGCAACGGCAAGUUCGGAGGCGCCCAGAACCGAGCCCCUCCGAUGCACGCGCUGAAAGUGUUUGGAGCCCCCCUCCAUCCGCGUCACGCAGCUUUAAAGGAACACAUAGACCUGCUGAGCAGGCACCGCGCCGCUCUGGAGAAGAGGGAAAAGGCGGCGGAGGACCGGGAAGUUCACCUGAAGUCGAUGAAGUCGCCUGAUAUGCUGCAAAAGCGUAAGAAAAUGGAGGAUAUGAAAACGCAGCUGGAGGAGACGGAGAGACUGCUCUUGUCGACCCCAGUGAGACCAGGGAAACGGCGCCUUGAGGGGGCCCACGAGCUGUCCGCUACCGUUGGAAAGAGAUUCAAGUAGUCGGGACAUGGACCGUUGCAACUGAUCUCUCCUUGUAGACAGUGGAGUUUUUGUAAUGGCUUUUUAUUUGUAUAUCUUUUAAUGGUUUUAUAAUAAUCUGUGGACUGAUUUAUUGAUUUAAAAGAACUGCUUUAUUCUCUCUAUAAAGAAAACACAUAUUUUUUAAGAUCUUCUUUUGCCUG